AUGGCGCUGCAUCCGCGCGCCCGCCGCCUCCUGUCGCGCCUGGGCGGCGCGGCCGCUCCGCGGUGGCGUGGCUCCACACUGCGGCGGUUCUCCCUCGCGGCCGCCUACGACCGCAAGGCGCAGGAGGAGGGCUUCCUCCCUGACAGCUUCCAGGUGAAGUGCCUCUCGCGCCUGGAGGAGCUGCGCCUCGCCCUCGCCGCCCCCGCGCAGAAGCCGGGCGGCGGCGCGCGGGCGCCGCGGGGCCUCUACGUGUACGGCGGCGUCGGCACUGGGAAGACCAUGAUGCUGGACCUCUUCCACCAGGAGGUCUCGGCAGGCGGAGUCAGCUGCCAGCGGCAGCACUUCCACGAGUUCCUCCAGGCGGUGCACAGCCGCCUGCACAAGUUGCGGGGGCGUGUCGGCGCUCAGAGGAACCUGCUGGGGCUGUGUGCGCAGGAGUACUGCAGCGAGUUCCCGGUGCUGGCGUUCGACGAGGCCCACGUUCUGAACGUCGGGGACGCGCUGAUGCUGCGGACUCCGUACCAGGCCGCGGCGCGGCCCUUCGGCGGCCCUCUCGGCGGCGUAUCGCCGCUUGUCGACACGAUGCGAAUCGACCGCAGCAUGCACCUGGACACUCCGAGCAUCCUGACACUUUCGAGGCAGCGGGCGCCAGCGCCCUCGGAUAACGACAUGCACAUUGCCGGAGCGGGGCCGGGCGACCCCGGCGCAGCCGGUGCCGCGGCCGAGCGACUCGAAGAGGUGCUGGCCUGGGGCUCGGCGCCUGACGCGGCCUUGCUCUCGGUGCCGGUCGUCGCGGCCCAGGAGAUCCGCCUGCACGCUGAGAGUUCGAGGAGGCCAGCGCACGACUGGCCGCCGCGCGGGCCCGGGAGCGGGGGCGAGGAGUACAGGAGCGUGAGCAAGCGCAUCAAGAAGCUGGCCAAGUCGUCGAAUCAACUGGAGGGGCUGCCCAGCCUGGACAGCGUAGGCCUGCUGGCAGAGGCCGUGCGCCGGGGCUCCGAGGACGCCGCGGGCGAAGAACGCCGCAAGGACCCCUGCCGCGCGGACGUCUUGGCCACCAUCGGCCCCGCGCGCGUGGACCGCAUCGGCUUCGGUUCCCGCGGGGCGGCCUCCCUUCGGGGGCAACGUCAGGGGGUGAUAGGAUGCUCGCUCAGAAAUCAGGUGGAUGCUAUUCAGCAUGGCGGGAGUGGGAUGGCACCUGAGCUGACUGCUGAGGUGCAGAGCCUGCUGCAGGUCCCCAUGGGCGAUAGUGUGGCCAAGGGGCCGCAUGCAGUCGCGGCCAGAACGGCGACCCAUACGAGAGCGGCAGAGUGGCCUUGGCUGGCCAGCGCGAUGAGGCUGAGCCAGAACCUCGAUGACGCGAACGACCUCCCCAGCGUGCUCGACGCGGACAUCCGCAGAUUAUGGCGCUCUUACAAAUCUAUCAUUCGUGCGCCCUUGCCUCGCCGCGCCAGGCGUCGCAACUACAAACCAGUGCGUAUGCCACAGUCACGGUUCGAGAGGUGCGUAUACAGCAUGUCGCGCAUCGCCAAGCGCGCAGACAACGACGACGGUGCUUGGCACGCAGGAUGGGGCAAGUAUGAUGGCGGAGAUGACGGGGAUGACGGUGAGCCUCCAGGACCCCCUCACAAGCGUGGCAAAGCGCCUGGCGCUGGCAAACCAUGCAAACCUGACGACGACGGUGCUGGCCAUGGCGGUGGAGGUGGAGGGGAUGGCAGCGAUGGCAACGUUGGAGGCGCGAUCGAGCAGUCUGCCCUGAGCGGGAAACUUGUGCGACAGUGGCUUGCCUCCUGCUUGGAGCUCUACAGCUACCUGUCGAUCCCUACUUUCUCGGCAGUUGAUGGUAGAGACGUCGCGAUGAUCGCGCAGGUCCUGAGCUUCGAGACCCGCGACAUUGUGGUGAAGACGUACGACGAGGACUCGGGCAGGAUGCAAAGUGCUUGCGCAUUUGUUUCGAACAUCCCCCCAAAUGACCAGGUCGGCAUCUACGACAUCACUGUGCAGCCCCUCGAGGUGUCGGCACCUCUCGGCGAGGAGAGCGGCCCGACCAAGAAGUUCCUCGGCGUGGAGCUGCACGAUCUCUGCUUGAAUGCGCGUCGGUCGUCGAGGCGCCGAUGCGAGGACAAGAGAGAGUUCGACAACCUCAUGACCGACGACCCGACGAAGUGGAGGGCCAUCGUCCUCCCUACUGUGUGCGAGCGCGGCGCACGCGACUCUGCAGUUCGCCGUCAGAGUAAGAACAUGCUCGAUUGUACCAUCAAGUUCCGCCAGGAGGAGAGGACCAUCCCGAAGCUCGAGCUCUGCAAGGUGAGGUAUAUCAACUACAUGUCCUUCCGGGAGGGAGUCGAGAAGGAGGAGGCCGAUCGCGACUUCGACAUCGAGCUCGCAAUCCAGAAGAGAGAUGGCACUGAGAUCUUUGACAAGAUGGGGCGGCCGUGCAUCAGCAUUGACGACGACGCAUCGUCGGCGGUCCGGACGGGUGUGAGAUCUGACUGUGAUUCGACGUCAGCCGCCACGGAUGGCUACGCUCGCGGCGAGGCUCUUCGAGGUGCUUCCUGCGACAGGCGCAGCCGCAGCCGUGGCAGCCUCAGCCGCAGCCCUUGCGCGAGCGACUCCCAUGAGGACGAUUCCGACUGCGAGGUGAUGAGCGAGUCUAUCGAGCCCGCGAGGAGCCCGAGAUCGGCCACCGAGCGCCUGGGGGUGCUGACCUCAGACAACCUGAAGGCACAUGAGGAGGCCGACCCCACCAAGAGGCGCAGGACUGGCAAGCAGAGCGUCGCCCCUAGCUCUAGGGCGUUCGAGUUCAUGGUGAAUCGAGAUAAGCUGGCGGCACGGGUGAAGGAGGCGAUCAAGGCGAUCAAUGGGCCGAAGUCCCCGUGCAGGCAGAUGAUGGCUAAGGCAACGAAGCUCACACCAGAACAGAAGGCUGAGUUGGAGAGCGAUUCCAACGACAUCACGAAAACUCACGCCUCAGUCAUGGACGCCCUCAAGCGCCUCGACGAACACAUCAGCAAGUUGAAGCGGUCCGACUACGAGCGCGCGAGGAACGACGUAGUGCAGGUUGAGGCCGAGCUCGAGGAUUUAGGAGAGAAGGUCGAUUCCCAGAUGGAGUGCAUGCAGCUCGUCACCAACAAGGCGUCCAGAGAGACUCGCAAGGAGAACAUGACGAAGCGCUAUGCCCGCACCAGGGUCUCAGGGCACCUGGUUGCUGGCAAAUACCCGAACACGUUCGCCAAGAUCGUGUCGCAGGCCCUGGAGAAGCUCGACGACGCAGAUGACGAGGCCAGCCUGUCCGAGGAUAUCCAGAAGAACCCAGAUCACACCAUCCCUGGUCGCAUCUGCCUGUGGACGAGCGUGGGCAACUCCACGCGCAAGAUGAUCGCGGAGAUCUCGAGCGACGUUGAGAAGACCGAGAAGUCGUUGAUGGAUGCCAUCUCUUCGCUGGACAACAAGUCGCGGGCUGGGUGCAUGGGGAGGGUCCAGCUCGGCCACGAUAAGAUCACCGAGUUCGUUGAGCAUGCGGUAGAGGACCGUUCGGAGAAGCACCUGGAGAUCAUGUCCGAGAAGGGUGGCGUUCCCUGGCAGACUUUCGUUUGA